AUGGCGACCACGACCUCGAGGACGAAGAAGAGUCGUGCGCGAUGGACGCCGAAUCGCCGGACGACGUCGGGGCAGAGUGCCGCGGCUUCGAGGCCGACUUCACGUGCUCGACCGAGAGCAGCCGCCGCCGGUGCCAACGCCGACGACACGGUGUUGGUAGCCAAUGUAUCAGCCUCAACGAGUAGCUCUUCAAAUGGAUCGACUGGUGAGCUAGACUUGUACCGUAUUUGGUUCUCACGGAGUUGCCCUGCUGACCCGGAGCACGUCUCGCUUUGUUACGUGGACAGGCCGGGCCGUCGUCGCGUCGACUGUGAAUGCGAAUGCCGCGCGACCUCCUCGCGUAUCCGCGCGCCUCACCAGGGGCUUCUCCCCACCACCGUCGAUGGUCGGUGCACGACCCUCAAAUCUGAGCCGCUUUGAACCAAAACAAGCUCGCACCAACUCGCCUCAAUUCGGUCCCUUCUACGUCGGAUGGCAAGAUGGGCAAGGCGAUCUCUCCCUUUCCAACAGUUGGUGUUGUUCGGCCGUCAAGUUGGCGCACGCGAGAAUCACCGCCAGUCGUCGAGGAGGUCAGUUCUUUUCUCGAUUCUGGGGGCCAAACGCUCCCAAAUUGUUGCUCCAGACAGCCCAAGCCUCACCUGAACUCAAGGAAUGUACGACAUUUGAUGACAUCGCAGUUGCCCCAAAAGCGUCCUUUCAUCGCUAUUCGUCCUCGUCGGCCUCCUCUACCCUUUCCGACCGAGACGAACCCUUCUCCUCGCGCUCGGAUUCCCCCUUUUCGUCUUCGACGUCCAUGUCGAGCUCCUGCACCUGCUCCGAGGACGCAUGCCUCUGUUCCUCCGACGACUACUACUCUUCUAUACCUGGAUUCUCAGGAACACCUCGGAUAGCAUCGUCGUCCACCUCGUCGACUUCGAUCGAGAACUCGACCUCGCAAUCACUCAUCGUCGUCCCUCUCACACCUUCGAUGCCGCUGCUCGAACGGACGGAAAGGAUAUGGGAUGGGCAUAUGCUGCCUUCCCAUGUCUUGCUCCCUUCGGCAGGAACAUUCAAGCUGGAUUCAAAUUCCCCGGACGAGACUGAAUUGAAGUUGGUCAAGUUUGAGAUCGAGGAGGGUUCGCAAAGUCUGCUCGAGGGUGGUGCGAGUGGGGAGCCGAUCGCCCCUACGAUGAGUCAUUGGCUGAAUGAGGAUGCUUGGGAAUGA